GCAAUGGGCAACUUUGCCCGCGAUAAAACGUCACUGGCUUGGUAGCGUGGGAGAACGGCGUCAGAGUUCUCUCAUUUUUCCAAUUAUGAUGCCGUUUUGUAUUUGUAAGAUGUAUUCGCGCAAAUCAGAGACGGAGCAGGAUAAUUAUCUGAGAUUCCAUAAAAGACCGUUGUCCCGCAGCUUGCAGUGAUUCUUUCAUCAGACCAGACGCACGCCGAGAUAUCAGCAGAAAUCAUCCAGAACAGGGACUUGUACAAAUCACUUGUGAAAUCACACCCAACACUAUGCCCGCGACCAAGAUCCUCAUCACGGGUGCCACUGGGUACAUCGGUGGCUCAGUGCUUACAACCUUGCUCGAGUCCACAGAUGCCAAUAUUAAAACGAGCAAAAUAUCAGCUCUGGUCCGCAAGCAAGACCAAGCCGAUCUCCUCAGCGCAAAGGGUGUCAAUGCUAUCCUUUUCAGUGGCCUUGACGACACAGCCGUCGUUAGGGAUGCCGCCAGCAAGCACGACGUUGUCAUCAACACUGCUAAAGCAUUUCACUCCCUGGCGGCUGAGGCAUUGAUCCUCGGUCUGGCAGAUCGGAAGAAGGAGACUGGCAGAGAGACGUAUCUGAUACAUACUUCGGGUACCUCCAGCCUUGGAGACCACCCCAUUACGGGUACCUUCACAGAGACGCGCGUUUUGUCCGACAAGGACAAUGUUUACGCCUACGAACGCUCCCGCGAGGACCUUGAGCCGUACCAACAGCGCACCACUGACUUGGUUGUCUUCGAAAAGGGCGAGGCAGCCAACAUCAAAACGUACAUCAUCAUGUCACCGACUAUUUACGGGCCAGGCAGUGGUUUCUUCAAUCGCACCUCUAUCCAGAUCGAUGGCAUCAUUCGCGCCGCGCGCCGCGACGGAUUUGCUUCUGUUAUUGGCACGGGUGCUGCGGAGUGGGAUCACGUCCACAUCAGCGACUUGGUCGGUCUGUACGAGCUGAUCCUCACCCGGCUGCUCGCCGGGGGUGAUUUGCCAUCGAACAAGAGGGGCAUCUACUUCAAUGGCACAGGCCACCAAUCCUGGCGUGAAAUCUCGGAGCGCAUUGCCAAGGAGGGGCGGGCAUUGGGGUAUUUGGAAUCGGACGACGUGCACGAAAUCUCCCUCGAGGAGGCGCUUGAAAAACUCGGAAAUGCGCUUCCGCCAAGUGCGAUUGAGCUGGGGUUUGCUUCACGAUCGCGGACACAGGCGGAUUUGGCUCGCGAGAUUGGAUGGAUGCCAAAGAAAACGAGAGCGGACUUUGAGGCGAGUUUUCUCGAGGAGUGGAAGAUCAUUGCGGAGGAGUUUUAAAGAGAGUUGAGUGGAGAUGGGUACGAUCCUGCACUUGACGCAUUGUAACUGACUCUGGAUCUCGAGUAAAUAGAUUGCUAUAGUUUUUGGUCUAAGUCAAUGGUAAAAAUAUGAAUAAACGAACAG